GACCAGGGGCGGACAGACCAUUUGGAAACUCGGGCACUGCCCGAGGGCCCGAGGUCAGUAGGGGGCCCCAUGAGAUGCCCCUGGUACCUUUUUCAUAGGCUUUUUUGAGUUUGGGCAAGGACACAGGGGCCCCAUAAUCCCCUAUUGCCCAGGGGCCCCAUGAGUUGUCAGUCCGCCCCUGAUCCAGACCUGCCCUUUAGUGCUGCCUAUCAGUGCCCAUCAGUGCCACCUAUCAGUGCCCAUCAGUGCUGCCUCAUCAACGCACAU